GCGGUCGUCUUUGUUUCGUAUUGAAAGUUGAAACGAGAGCGGUUAAGUCAAUAACCUGACUGAGUUCCGUGUACGGUUCCCGGUGAUGGAGGGCACCGCCGCUGCCGAGAUUGCUGCUACCGCCCCCGAAGUAGGAGGAGUAGAUGCAUGCGAUGCCGUCGCUUCCGUCGCCGACUGCGGCAGCGGGGAUGACGCACUGCCGAUGGUUGGCGAGGGAGAAGCAACUGGUGGUCGUGGCGGCAAAGAUAGAGUUAAGGGACCUUGGUCUCCUGAAGAGGAUGCGAUACUCAGCCGUCUUGUGAGCAAGUUUGGUGCGAGGAAUUGGAGCUUGAUUGCUCGGGGAAUCGCUGGGCGAUCCGGAAAGUCUUGCCGUCUUAGGUGGUGUAAUCAACUCGACCCUUCCGUGAAACGCAAGCCAUUUACUGAUGAGGAGGAUAGGAUCAUUGUAGCGGCCCACGCUGUACAUGGAAAUAAGUGGGCAGCGAUUGCUCGGCUCUUGCCUGGGAGAACUGAUAAUGCUAUAAAGAAUCACUGGAAUUCAACUUUACGACGUCGGUGCACUGAGCUUGAAAGAAUCAAGUUAGAAUCUGGGAACGUAGUGGAUGAUGCUAGUUUAGAAAAAACUAAGGGAUCAUCUGAAGAAACCCUUUCAUGUGGAGAUGUGAAUUCCUUUAAAUCCAUGGAUGGAAAGGAUGCUUGCUCGCGGGAGCAAUUGGAUGAUCAAUAUGAAGACAAGGUCCCUAUUGUCGUUGAGGGCCAAUUUACUCAUGAAGUCAAUGAACAGCCAACUCUUUUCAGGCCAGUGGCUCGAGUAAGUGCUUUUAGUGUAUAUAACCCUUUGGAUGGCCAAGGAUCCUUGAGGCCGUUUCUACGACCUGUUCCAAUGCAAGGGCCAUUAAUUCAAGUGUCAAAACCAGACGUUGAAGCUAGCAAAUUUCUUGAAGGGGUUUAUGGUGAUCGAUCAGUGCCUCAUCAGUGUGGUCAUGGUUGUUGCAAGAGCCAUAACCAGGGAUCUCCUUUAGAAUCUUUAUUAGGGCCAGAAUUUGUGGACUUCUCAGAGCCUCCACCAUCCUUCCCCAGUUUUGAACUAGCUGCAAUUGCAACUGACAUAAGUAACCUUGCUUGGCUGAAAAGUGGAUUAGAGAAUGGCAGUGUUAGAGCAAUGGGAGAUUCGGCUGGAAGAUUAAAUGGUUCUCAGAUGCAAAUGGGGCAUUUAUGAGAACUGGGGAAUAACAGGCUAGCUACUAGCGUCUAGCAGAUAUGAUUUAUUUUAACAAGGAUUGUUUAUACAAUCCCUACAGACUACAAGAUUUGACCUGAAUUUUAUGGCACCGAUGGGACACAGUGGAUGGAGUUUACUGGAUCUGUACUUUGUUUUGUGAUUAGUUAGUUUCACCCUUUCCCACCUGUACAGCUUGUUUCGGCUGCUAGGAAUCAUGGAUAAGAGGGAAGUAAAGCAACCCUCAUGUCUAAGUUUCCCAAGUCCCUUUUCUUAUUUUUGUUUCUGACCACAAACUCUUGAGUUAAAUGUUGAAUUUUGUGGUGUUGAGAGGGCUAAAUCUUUGUCUGCAACCUAGUACCAAGUUCCUUGUAACAUUAUUCCAGCGGAUGAGCAUUCCUGGAUUCUUUUUUGAUAAGUGUACAAUGGAAAGGUAUGGUUCUCUUACCUCAGUUGCAUAUGCUUGUUCUUAAGGUACACUGGGAAUUGGGAUUCAGUUCAGCUUUUGUAUUUUAAUGGAUGUAGCUUAUGUAUUAUACGGUUAUACUGAUCAUGUGACACAGUCCCUUCUCAAACCUAAGGCUUGUAUGGAGACGAUCCGUUACAUUCUGCAUUUCUAUGCUCAUAACAGAUAUGAAGAUACUUGAUGUGAAUGGAAUAUGUUCUUGAAAUAAAAUUUCUUUAGGCCUCUGUGAUGUGAAGAAAAGCUUUAACACUUCUAUCAAGUCUAAAUGCCAGUGUCUCAUCUGGUGCUCCAAUGGGUACACAUAGACUUUACUCUAAUAGGUUAUAAUAGAAAUAUCCGAUUGACUUGUUUUCCAUAUUUUCUUUUUAGAUUUUAGAGAUACAACAUUGAUCUCCUUGGUUAUAUUUCGCUCAUUCAUGAAUUCCCCCCUCCCUUUCCCAUUUUUUUGUCUCUCUUGUUUUUUCCCUUUUAAUUUCCAACUUUUUGUUUCAGGGUGAAUUGAAGCUACAGCCUUCAUCGUGGUAGAGUAGCAAUCCAGAGAUAAUUCUAACUGCUCGUUAGUUUUAAUUUAGCAUAACUCUGAAUCAUUUUUAUCUGAUGGCUGAUGAUCGUCGUUGGGAUAUAAAUCACUAUGAUGUAUGAAAAAUUUGAAUUUGAAUGUUCAAUUUUGAGAUAAUAUGAUUGGUUAUUUUGUAUU